GCGCCCUGAGCCAGUCCGCCGGCGCGAGCGGAAGUCCCGUGAUCCCGGAAGUGGCGGGACGGGCGCGCGCGGGCGGGGCAGCGACGUUCGUCAUUUCGUGCGGGAGGGAGCACGAGAGCGGCGCGGUCGACCCUCUGGUGUCCCAAACCCAGCUAGAGGUGAGCAUGGCUGAACAGGAGCCCACAGCCGAGCAGCUGGCACAGAUCGCAGCUGAGAACGAGGAGGAUGAGCAUUCGGUCAACUACAAGCCCCCAGCCCAGAAGAGCAUCCAGGAGAUCCAGGAGCUGGACAGAGAUGACGAGAGUCUACGCAAGUACAAGGAGGCCCUCCUGGGCCGCGUGGCCGUGUCCGCCGAUCCCAACGUCCCCAACGUCAUUGUGACCCGCCUGACCCUAGUGUGUAGCACGGCCCCGGGUCCCCUUGAGCUGGAUCUGACAGGUGACUUGGAGAGCUUCAAGAAGCAGUCCUUUGUGCUGAAGGAGGGUGUGGAGUACCGGAUAAAGAUCUCUUUCAGGGUAAACCGAGAGAUCGUGUCGGGCAUGAAAUACAUCCAGCACACGUACAGGAAAGGCGUGAAGAUUGACAAAACCGACUACAUGGUUGGGAGCUACGGGCCUCGGGCGGAUGAGUACGAGUUCCUGACCCCCAUGGAAGAGGCACCCAAGGGCAUGCUGGCUCGAGGCAGCUACAACAUCAAGUCCCGCUUCACAGAUGACGACAAGACCGACCACCUGUCCUGGGAGUGGAACCUCACCAUCAAGAAGGAGUGGAAGGACUGAGCCCUGACCUGGGAGGCGGGCAGGGCCGACAGACAGACCAACGGACGGACGGACACUCCCCACCCUUACCAAGGCCCACCCUCCUCCUGACCCCACGUCAAAGUGCUGACAGGGCCCUUGCCCAUGCUGCCCUCAUUCCCACCUGGUUUGCCCCCUGUCCGGCCCAGCCAGAGCUCCUGUGACCUGCCCUGUCCCUCCGCAACACCCUCGCCCCAGCCCGCAGGCCCCUGUGUCCACGGUGGUCUAUAUUGUUGCUGCUUCACCUGUGCUGGGAGGGAGGGAGGGGCCAGGCCAGGUCUCUGCGUCCUCCUCCCUAGCCCUCCAGGUUCCCCACCUGUCCUAACCCAGCCCGAGCCUCCGCCUUUUCUGAGGGAACAGGGCAGCCAUUGAAUGAGGCCUCAGGGCGUCCAGGUGCUGCUGGGCCUUUGCAGUUGCCCCAGCUCCUGUGCUGUGAUGGGGUGCAUGAUGUAGGGCUUCAUUGGGGCUGGCCACCUUCUGUUUCCACCUUUCCCUGCCAGUCCAUCCAUCGCUCAGUGACCGUCUAACCAUGAUGCCUUAACAUGUGGAGCGUGUGCUGUGGGGGCUGUUGCUAACCUCUAACCCCGUGUCUGCAUGAGCAUGUGGUCUCCUUGCUCCCCAUCCGUGAUCCCUGAGGCCCAGGGGAGGUGUGGGGGUUCUGCUGCUCCCCAGCUGCCAGGGCCUGGCCAGCCCCCCACCUCCACCCUGGCUGAGGCUGUGGGACGGCCCAAGGGGUUGGGGGAAAGCCAAACCGCCAGAAUUCAAGUUGCCUCCCCUCUCAUCUCAGAAGCCGGGUGUUCUCAGGCCCCUGCCUUCUCUGCCACGGUGGGCAGCGCCCAGAGCCCUCGGCCCCGGCGGAGAGCCUUACUUGUUCCACCUGGGCCCCCCGGGCUGAGAGUUGUGUGCCUGGCCUGUCAGUAUUUAUUGCCUCCACAUGUGCCGUCCUCUGGGCCUGGUGGCCUGCCGCCUCUGCCCCCAGACUUGGUGCCACCAUCCCCGGCAGGCCCUUCCCAGACCCAGCCAGGACACCCGUGGGACCAAGUCACGCAGCUGGAGCCGACCCCUGUGCCUCCCUCCCCUCCAGGCGGGCCCUAGCCAAGGCUGCACGGGAGCCUGUCCCUGCUUCUCCUCUUCUGACUGGGAAAUAAACUCCCCCAAAGAGCCA